AUGGCGGCAUUUGGUCCACCACAAUCACCGGCCAUUUUAUCCAUUACCCAAACGCAGCUCUACACCAUAUUGGUCACCUGGGUGGCAGGCCAUGAUGGCGGCUUUGACCAAACCUUUACCCUAGACAUUAAGGAGGCUAGUGAUGACGAUAGUAACUACGUCACCAAAAUGACCUUGGCCGACCCAGGUCACCGCAAUAAUGUGACGUCACUUCUAGCAGAUCUAAAAAUUGGCGUUAAUUACACAUUAAAGCUGGCGUCAACCAGUACCAAGCCCUUGUUCCAGAAGCGCAUGGACGAUUCCGUGGACUUCUACAGAGACUGGAAUGACUACAAAUAUGGCUUUGGAAAUCUGAGCGGGGAACACUGGCUAGGUAAUAACAAGAUGUAUCUUCUCACCUCCCAAGACGACUAUGAGCUGCGUGUCGACAUGGAAGACGCUGCAGGCAUUUGGGCCUUCGCCCAAUACGACCACUUUGGGAUCUCAUCGGAAGCGACAAAAUACCGGCUAAGAUUGGGAAAUUAUUCUGGAAACGCGG